AUGACUCCAAAAGUCCUCGUCGUUCUCACCUCCUACAACAAGCUUCCCAACGGUAACCCAUCCGGCUGGUAUCUGCCCGAAUUCGCCCACCCCCACGAAGUCCUCCACAACAAAGUCUCCCUAACAAUCGCCUCCCCAAAUGGCGGCGAAGCCCCCCUCGACCCAGCCUCCGUAAAGGCCUUCGAAUCAGACGCAGUUUCCCAAACCUUCCUAAAAGAGCAAAAGACGCUAUGGACAAACACCCACAAACUAUCCGACAUGGUCUCCCGCGUGAACGAAUUCGACGCCAUCUUCUACGUCGGCGGCCACGGCCCCAUGUUCGAUCUAACCAACGAUCAAUCCUCUCUGGCCCUCAUCCAGGCUUUCGCGGCAGCCGGUAAGAUCGUCUCGGCUGUCUGCCAUGGCCCCUGUGUGCUGCUGCAUGCGACUGCGCCGUCCGGUGAGAAGCUUAUUCACGGUGUUUCGGUGACGGGCUUCUCGAAUGCGGAGGAGGAUCAGACGGGCCUUUCGAAGGAGAUGCCGUUUAUGCUUGAGACGGAGCUGGGUAGGGUUACGGGCGGCAAGUAUGUUAAGGCUAAGGAGCCUUGGGGGAGAUGGUUGUUGUUGGUAAGGCGGCUGGGACGGGGUCGACGAUUAUUACCGGGCAGAAUCCGGCUUCGGCGAAGGGGGUUGGGGAGGCGAUUCUUAAGGCUUUGA